AUGGUCGACGCGUGCGGUCGUUUCUGCUCGCAGCCGACGUCCGACAUGCCGGAGCUGCUCGUCUCGUUGUGCUACUACUCGGAUCAUGGGCGUUUGAUCGUGGGCGUGGAGCGCGGCUCGUUCCCACACAAAGACGGCGAGACCACGAGGACGCCCGAUACGUUCGUGAAGAUCGUUGCGCAAGCAGAGUACGGGUCUGAGAUAGGAAAACAGAAGACGGAGACCGUGAAAGGGAGUACUGAGCCUAGAUAUGAUUAUAGUGCUUCGUUCCAGAUACCCCAGCACGAGCUCGAGACGACCUCGAUCGUGCUUCAGGUUUGGACCUGGAUUGGUGUCUUGCGGAGAAAGUCACAGAUCGGCUGGUUUGCCCUUGGCUUGAAUAGCUCGUCAUCUGAUGCCCAGGAGCACUGGAGCCAAAUGAUUCAGUACGAUGCCCCCGCCGGACCGAAUAUGGCUGAGCUGGAGGCCCGUGUUGCUCGUCUCAAGCUGGAUAUGGAGAAGAGGGCCGUGUUUGACCAGAAGCUCCUGAAACACGCCGGCGAGGUCAUCGCCGAGCAUCGCGCCGCCCGUCUCCGCGUGAAGAGCUACAAGUCUACCGCGGCCGCCAUCCGCGAAGAAGCCGCCAAGAUCUUCUUCGGGAACCACGACGACACCCCUCCGACCAAAGAGGGA